UUGGAAAGCUGUUUCAUCCUGAGAAGAGAGAAGUGCCUAUACAAGGAACAUUUUUUUCUUCCUACAUGAGUUCGCUGCGAGCUGUUUCAUCCUACAUGGGUCCGCCGCAAGCUGUUUCAUCCUACGGGAGUUCGUCGCGAGUAGCUUCAAAUCAUUUCAGAAGCUUUAAUGCAAGGUUUAUGCCAAAAAGGCAUAGCCUGGUUGAUCAAAGUACUCUCAAGAGAUCGAAAAUUGAUCACACGAGAUCAAAGGAAGAUGCUUCACUCUAUAGUUCGUCUUUCUUCUCUGAAAUUGUACCUAAUGAAGAAAAUGUUGAAGAAUCAAAAACAAAAGGUCAUGAAAUCAAGCUCAACUUUAAAGAAUCAAAAAUCGAAGUAUUGUACGAGUUUCUUAAAUUUCAGUCCUUUAACGGUGAAUUUAAUAGUGCAGGUUUUUAUCCGUGCUUUGAUAAGAAGGAAGCUAAAGAUUUUAAAGAGAUUGGCAUUGAUAACGAAAAAAUUCUGUGCACUGCAUUAGCAAUCGAAUAUUUGGAGGUUGUGAUGUUUGGGCAAUUUAAGGAUGAGUGUGAGAUGUGUUGGGAAAAGGCUAAUAAAGCACUGAGGAAAUUGGUUAAUGAAAAGGAGUUUGACGAUGUUUUGAAAAAAUCCAGAGAUUGGAUUUUAAAGUGG